CUUUUCAUGUACAUGUACAUGUAGAUGAUUCCGGACGGUGGGGGCGUGGUGGUUUAUUCUUGGCUAUAUCAACACGCUCAAUGCAACCAGAGACCUACUAUAAGAAAGCAAGUAAAAUGAGAGAUUUGUCCUUGAGUGAUGUGCAUGUAAUACCAGUUGAUGAUAUCAUGAGUAGAGAUCAAGGCAGAGAUAUGUUGGCACUAAUUGUUGCCCAGUCAAGGGAUUCUAGUGGUAGCCUGUCAGGGAUUAAGUUACCUUCUCUCAAUAUUGGCUUACAAAGAAUCAGUAGCCUAGCAUUAAGACUAAAUGCAUCAGUUCAUUUACCAAGGAUAGGUCAUUCUACUCCUCAUUUCAAUUGGUAUGGUACUGAGAGACUAAUCAGAAAGCAUCUCUCGAGCAAAGGAAUACCAACCUUCAUUUAUUAUUUUCCACGUCAUGGGCACCACAAAACUAUACCAAGAGUUAGCCCUGAACUUCGUAUUAAAGUAGUGGAUCCAUUACCGGAUACAUUUACUAAUAUCAGUGUAUGUUUCUAUGGAAUUGAUGAGAGUACCAAACUCUCUCUAUCCCGUUGUAUAAUAGCUUAUAAUGGUGAUGUAGAGGAGGCCCCCACUGAUAAAACAACACACAUUAUUGUUCCUGGCUUGGAGGGAAACAAGUUGCCAUGGAAUACACACAAGGCCACAGUAGUCUCUUUGAAAUGGUUGGAAGAUAGUUUACAUGAAGGACAUCUUUUACAAACUGAGAAAUAUUUAAUACACCAUCUCGUAUAAUACUGUAGGUAUUUUUAAUUGUGCAUGCCACUAAAUUUAGAAUGUUUAACAAAUUCAAAUUUUAUAAUAA